UAGUCAGUUUCCUCGACAAAUGACAGAUCUUGAAAAUACUGUUCUUUUGGGGGAAAAAACACAUCACAAAUUCUCGAUUCUUGAAAGAUGUUCCAUUCCAGGGGUUUCUUCCCUUGAUUUUCCAAUUCCGGCACUAAGGCUUGAAAAAUCUCUGUUAAAAUCGAUAUUUAAAGCAAGCAAGUGGGGGAUGAUGUCGCGUUAUUAAAUCCUCUUCUUCAAACAUUUCACAUAGAUCAUGUCUCGUUUUUCUCUUCGCUCAUCCAGUUGCGAAGACUGAAACGCGCGCCCUUCUUUCUGGCAACGGCGGCGGCGGCGGCGGCGGCGGCGGAUUUCUGUUUAUAGCAAUUUGAUCGAUCCGUUUGAAGAAUUUUUAGCUUCGUUUUGAUUUGAUUGAAUCUUAGAAGUGGAAGAAGAACCACUUGCGAGAAUUUGAACUUCGUUUAUUUUAUUAAUCAUCUAGGAUUGCGUUAAUGGAGAUUCGUAAAUCGGGUUUGAGUUUGUUUUUAGGGUUUCUUCUUGUGCUAUCUUUGGCGUCUCUGUCUGUGGCCAAAUUCGUUGUUGAAAAGAAUAGCUUAAGGGUUACAUCGCCUGAGGAUUUGAAAGGUACCUACGAUAGUGCCAUUGGAAAUUUCGGGAUUCCUCAAUAUGGUGGUAGCAUGUCUGGAACUGUGGUGUUUCCUAAGGAUAAUCAAAAGGGUUGCAGAGAGUUCAGCGACGCCGGGAUUUCAUUCCAGUCCAAACCAGGAGCUCUCCCUACGUUCGUUUUGGUUGAUCGGGGAGAUUGUUUUUUUGCCUUGAAGGUCUGGAAUGCGCAGAAAGCCGGUGCUUCUGCAGUUCUUGUUGCAGACAACAUCGAGGAAAGGUUAAUAACCAUGGACUCCCCUGAAGAGGACGGUUCAACGGCAAAGUACAUCGAAAACAUAACAAUACCAUCUGCACUGAUCGAAAGAAGUUUUGGUGAAAAACUGAAAAAAGGGAUUAGUUCUGGAGAAAUGGUCAGUGUGAGUCUUGAUUGGAGAGAAGCUGUACCGCACCCGGAUGACCGUGUGGAAUACGAGUUAUGGACUAACAGUAACGAUGAAUGUGGUGUUAAGUGUGACAUGCUGAUGGAAUUCUUGAAGGAUUUUAAAGGUGCAGCUCAGUUACUUGAAAAGGGCGGCUACUCGCAAUUCACACCACAUUAUAUAACUUGGUAUUGCCCACAGGCAUUCAUUCUAAGCAAGCAGUGCAAGUCUCAAUGUAUCAAUCAUGGGAGGUACUGUGCUCCUGAUCCUGAACAGGAUUUCAGUUCUGGCUAUGAUGGGAAAGACGUGGUGAUUGAAAACUUGAGGCAGCUAUGUGUUUUCAAAGUGGCGAACGAGACUGGAAAGCCUUGGAUUUGGUGGGACUAUGUGACAGAUUUUCAGAUUAGAUGUCCGAUGAAGGAUAAAAAGUACAACAAGGAAUGUGCCGAUGGCGUUAUUAAGUCUCUUGAGCUUGAUGGUAAAAAGAUAGAGACGUGCAUGGGGGAUCCAAAUGCUGAUGUUGUAAAUCCAGUUCUGAAAGAAGAGCAAGACGCCCAAGUAGGGAAAGGAACCAGAGGGGAUGUUACCAUAUUGCCCACCCUUGUUGUCAAUAAUCGACAAUAUCGAGGCAAAUUGGAGAAAGGUGCAGUUCUGAAGGCCAUAUGUUCAGGAUUCGAGGAAACAACUGAACCUGCCAUUUGUUUGAGUAGUGAUGUAGAGACCAAUGAAUGCUUAGAUAACAAUGGUGGUUGCUGGCAGGAUAAAGCAGCCAAUCUAACAGCCUGCAGGGAUACUUUUCGUGGGAGGGUAUGCGAAUGCCCACUCGUUGAUGGUGUGCAGUUCAAAGGAGAUGGUUACACCACUUGUGCAGCGAGCGGGCCUGCAAGGUGUAAGAUUAAUAAUGGAGGAUGUUGGCACGAGACCCGGGAUGGACAUACAUUCUCUGCUUGUACGGAUGAUGGCAAUGUGAAAUGCUCGUGUCCUCCAGGGUUUAAAGGUGACGGUGUCAAAAGCUGUGAAGAUAUCGACGAGUGCAAAGAGAAGAAAGCCUGUCAGUGCCCUGAAUGUAGCUGCAAAAAUACCUGGGGCAGCUACGACUGCAGCUGCAGUGGUGAUCUUUUGUAUAUGAGAUCCCAUGAUACUUGUAUAAAGAGUGGUAAAGCGUCGAGUGGGCGAUCGGCCUGGACUGCUGUUUGGGUUAUCUUGAUAGGCCUGGCUAUGGCUGCUGGUGGAGCAUACCUGGUAUACAAAUACAGAUUAAGGUCAUACAUGGAUUCAGAAAUCCGAGCUAUUAUGGCUCAGUACAUGCCUCUCGACAGCCAAGCCGAAGUUCCGAACCAUGUCAAUGAGAAUCGUGCGUAGGAAGGAAGACGAUACAGUAGGAAUCUGUCGACGGUUGCACACAACAGAGUGUGGAGCGGUCUGUCAUGUCGAACACACACUCGUAGUGCAGUGAUGGAUUUUGAGGGUAGAUCUUUACAUUCUUGUAAUAUAUGACACUAAAACGUCAAAGGGUUUUGAAUUUGACAGACUAUAUAGCAUGCUGAGGAGUCCUCCAGAUUCUUAUUUGGGCAGUUGCAGAGGACUCGUGUGAUUGACUUAUGCCUUUGAAUGGGCUAAGCUAAGCAUGGUUUAUAAGACUGUUAUGUAACUUUAUAAGACUGUUAUUUGUAGCAUUAUAAUGUCAAAAUGUUUUAUCUUUUUCGAAGUA